UUGACACGCGAGGAGUCUUCCCCGCUGCUCGAGCUGUUCCCCUGGCACUUGUGUAAUUGAUACGCGUAAGGUUUCCCCAGGCGAGGGCUCCGGUUGCAGCAGUUUUCAGUAUCCCAUGCGCGGAUCGGCAGAGCUAUAGAUCCAGCAUGUCCCGGGAUAGGGUGGUGGAGUUGGCCCCCAGCUCCCUGGCCUUAGUGCUGAGCAGGGUGGACGUUACCGGGGAGGAAAGGGGCAGCCAGAUCUUCCAGGACUUCCAGGCUGCUAACGCGAGGUGCUUCUGGAACAGGAGGCUGGUCCGGGCCAUGUCGGAGGUAUCGUUCCAGGGCUGGUUGGAGAGCUGGGUGCUGCUGGUCCAGGGGCACAGCUCAAACCUGGAGGUGCUGAGGGAUGCCUGGGUCAGGAGAGCUCUAAGACCCCCGCGGGGUUUCCGUAUCGUAGCUCUGGGUGAUGUGUCGCCAGUACACAUGACUCCUGCCUCCCAGUCUCAGUUCAUUCCUCUGGCUGAAGUGCUUUGCUGUGCCAUUUCUGAUAUGAACACAUCUCAGACGGUAGUGACUCAGGAAUCUCUGUUGGAACAUCUGGUUAAACACUAUCCAGGAAUAGCAACUCCAUCACAGGACAUUCUGUACAGCACACUGGGAACACUCAUUAAAGAAAGAAAAAUCUAUCACACAGGCGAAGGAUACUUCAUUGUCACGCCACAGACUUACUUUAUCACAAAGAAACCAUCUUUGGACACUAAGUGCAUUGCAGCAGAGGAUAACUUUGUAUCACCCCCAUCUGUGACAUACCUCAUUAGUAUGGAGAGCUGUGUAGAUUUAACCAAGGUAUCCAACCAACCAUCAGUAUCCCACUGCAGGUCUUGUAGCUGCUUUUCAGAACAUUCUCUGCAUACCAUCCUAGGACAACAGUCAAUUAAUCAGAGCAGUGAAAAAGCCCAAAAGGUCAUCAAGGAACCAAAACCAUCAGUUCAACACCAAGCUACAUCUACGUCACGGGACUACCAUACAUGUGGAAAGUCCCAAGUUUCACUAAAAGAAAAGGAAAAGUGCAGUAGGAAAUUCGGUAUCAGUCUUUUUUGGCGCAAUGUCUCCAAAAAAGAAAAGAUGAAAAAGGAAUACUCAACCUUUUCUGCUCAAUUUCCCCCAGAGGAAUGGCCUGUGAGGGAUGAGGACAAUUUGGAUAAUAUUCCACGUGAUAUUGAACAUGAAAUAAUUAAGCGCAUCAACCCAGUUCUCACUGUUGACAACUUAAUGAAACAUACGUUGCUGAUGCAAAAAGCCGAGGAAAAGAAAAAAGUUUUUAGUAAAGGAACAUCAACAGAUAUAAUAAAAACCAAACAUGGACCUAACGUUAGAGGGAACUCCAAGAAGAGAAAUAGCCGGCUUUCGAAAUAUCACAGAAAACUGCAGUUAAACAAAGAGAAAAGCAGAAAGGACCCUUGUGCACUCAAAUCUGUUUGUGCCGUAAAGAAAGAUGUAAUGACUACAAAUGGUAUAAUGGUUAGGGAUACAGUGUGUCCCAUGCGUAAUGAGGUUACCAAGCAUGAUAUAAUCUAUAAAAAGCAAAUUAGCAAUCCUUUUGAGGGCGUUUUAGAUAGAGGUACCUCAAGCACAAAUGGGCGAAAGUCUUUAAACGAGAUCAGGAGAGCCAGCUCCGGAAAGCAAAGAGAUAAUCGGUCAAGGUCUCUGGAUUGCAAAAAUGACGGUGGAACUAGAUAUUCAAGUGGUGAAAGACACAAGAUGGAGUAUGAUACAGAGGAAUCUGUUCUAGAAGAGAUGCCACCUUCUGUUCUGGAUAAAGAUGACUUCAGGGAGUAUCCAGUCAACUACCCACAAUGUAGCACGUUGAGGAUAGAUGAUAAGUUUAAAAAUAACAAAGAGGGCCAAUAUUGUGAAGAAGCCAGUCAUGCUUUUGAUGAAUUUCAAAAACAGGCAUUAAUUCCACCAGAAACAAAUCCAGAACACGACAGAAGUAAAACAUUUUGUAAAGGGACUUGUGGGAACAAGACAGUAUCAAUCAGCGAUUCCUCCCAACAAACAAAUCACUAUAAAUGUGUCCCUGUCUCAAAAAGUACUGUGAGGACCAACAGUGGGGCAUUUGACAAGUUAGAGGCUAAAAAAUCAAGAAGUUAUUUAUCCAGUGGUUUAGAUGAAUAUACUGUGUUUUCUAGUUCUCAGAACCAGGAGCAUACAGGUAAAGAUCCAGCUAUAUAUGAAAACAUACUACAAGACGAUGAUGCUUGUAGCUCCGUCUACUUUGAAGAAGACACUGAUGAAAACAUCAAGAUGUGUCCAACAUUUGAAUCUCAAAACUUGGAUGCAGACAAUUGGGAUGUACACGAAGAACACAUUACAUCUGAAACUUCUCAAACCUGUUGGAACCAUAAAAUCUCCUAUACGUCUCAAAUGACAUCUUUGGAACCCUCGCAGGGAUACCAUAAUGCCGCUCUGCGCAUAAAUGUUUGUUCUGGUCAGCCACUGAAACAAUAUGUCCAAAAACAUUCUGUAGUAGAAGGCGACACUGCUGAACAUUUACAUACUGCUGAAAUAGUCGACGGCAGCAUAUUUGAUUACUGUAAUUCAAGUGAAGGCAACUCUAUGGCAGAGACGAUUCACACAUCUGUUAAUGGAAAUGAGGAAAAACAUGCCAUCUCAGGGCAGCAGCCAGAGGAAAUUAGAAAAUGUUUUGAGCACAAAGUGAAGUUAUUUAAUUCAAAAAGUGGUCCACUGGAAACAAACCAACUGGAGAAGAAUGAGAAUCAAAGCACCACAGGAGACAGCGGUAUUGAGUCCCCACGAACACGUAUAAGUCUUGCUUCCAACAACUCUGCCAUUUUGGAGAAGCUGAAGCAGAGAACUCUCUUGCAGAAUCUGGAAAUAAACAGCAAUUCCAGCAAAGAAGAAUUAUUAACAGCUAAUCAAUUAAAACAAAUCACACCUGCUGUGAAUGUAUAGUAGCAAAAGAGACACUUGCUGUAUUUAUACUCCUGUUGUACCUAUAUGUAUAUUUUU